AUGGAAUGUUCAAUCGAGGCCGAUCGUGUCUUUGGGCCCGCUGUUCAGGGUUGCCGUUCCGAUUUUGAUUUCACGCUCUUGUUCCACGACUCCAUCUUGACCAUUUUACCCUCGGCUGUGUUAAUCAUCUUGGCAUCUAUCCAAAUUACAAUACUUGUUUAUCGGCCCACCUUUGCACGCCUCGACCGUCGGUACUAUUCCAAGCUGGCCGUCGCCUUUGUAUCAGCUGCUUUGCAAUUGGCUCUACUCAUCCAACGAUGCCUUACAGAAGACAUCAAAACGGCUGCAUCAGUCCCAGCAGCCGUUCUUGGAUUCGCCGCUGCUUGCGCUCUCUGCCUUCUCUCCCCUAUCGAGCAUAGAAAAUCAUGUCGCCCCUCAUCCUUGAUCAUGGCUUACUUAUUUACUGCCAUCUUGACCGAAGUCGCCCGCGCAAGGACAUACUUUCUCAUGGGUCAAACCGUCGGCGCCGCUAUUACUACUACCGACUGCCUUGUAAAGGUUCUUCUCGCCGUACUGGAAGGGAAGAAAAAGGUGCUUGACAGGUAUUCGGAUAGCAAAGGGCCGGAAGAUCUCGCAGGACCUAUCAGUCAGAGUUUCCUCCUUUGGCUGAAUAGCCUUUUCCUCACUGGCUAUAGACGUGCCUUUACGGCCCGAGAUAUGGGUAUGAUCAGCAGCCCUCUGUACACCCAUAGUAUUCUUUACAGGUUCAGAAGUGUAGCAAAAGGUCACAUCGCCCGUUCCGGCAAUGGCUUUGCUCUUCAGACGUUCACCUCGCUGGGAUGGCACGCGCUUGCUCCAGUGAUGCCGAGAUUAGCGGUGACCGGUUUCACAUUUGCCCAAUCUUUCUUAGUCACAGCUCUGCUGAACUACCUGGAGAACGGGAAAAAUAGACCGGCGAGCCAUGGGUACGGUCUUCUUGGGGCCUGCGUAUUUGUAUACAUCGGCAUAGCUGUUUCGAACAGCUGGUAUUGGCGCUUGACCUACAAGUCUGUUUCGAUUGUGCGUGGCGGCUUAGUUGUGGCCAUAUUCGAAAAGGUGCUACGGCUACCCGAACAUGACGGGAUAGAGUCCAAGGCAAACACACUGAUGAUCUCAGAUGCACAGCGCAUCGUUAGUGGCCUGGCCUUUAUCCAUGAACUGUGGGCGGGCAUAUUGGAGACAGCAUUGGCAACGUAUCUGCUGCAGCGAAUCAUGGGCGUUUCUUCGAUGGCCAUGCUUGGACUCGCACUCGCUUGUGGUGUGUUGUCAUCCGUCGUGGCCAACAAAAUCAGUUUGCAGCAACAAAAGUGGCUGAGAGCUAUGGAACAGCGCAUCAAAGCAACCAAACGACUCCUUGAUUCUCUCAAAGCUGUAAAGAUGCGUGGGGCAGAAGACAGAGUCAGCGAGGUAGUCAAUGAACUGAGAAGGCUGGAAAUACGAGCAGCAAGGCUAUUUCGUGCUCUCAUUACUGCUUCUGUUUUUCUCUCUUACAGCACCGUGACGCUUUCGCCACUCCUCGUUUUUGCGGCUUACAUCGGCAUCAAAGGCGAAAGCAGUAAUCUAGACUCGGCAACGAUGUUCUCUUCUCUUGUCCUUAUUGCGCUUCUUGGGGCUCCUUUAAUCCACCUGUUUCAAGCUAUGCCGGCUCUUGGUGCAGCUCAAGGAUGUUUUAUGCGAAUUCAUGCGUUCCUCGAGACUCCAGAGGGGCUUCAAUCUACAACAAGCAGUGUACCGAACAGGAAGUUUCAUGACUCCGACAGCAAAGCGUUGCCCGCCACCGCGGGUGACGGUAGAAAUGCCAUAUCCAUCCGAAACGUUUCCUUGGGAUGGUCUCCUGGAAACAUCUUACUCAAAGACAUCCACCUUGAGGUGAAGCGCGGCUCUGUCGUUGCCCUACUUGGCAAAACCGGGUCCGGCAAGUCACUUCUCCUGAAAUCAAUCAUCGGAGAGGUAAAAUCCAUCCUUGGCAUCAUUGAUGUGUCCCGUGAGAACAUUGCAUACUGCAGCCAAGCACCCUGGCUGGAGAACAUGUCAGCUGAGCAGACUUGGACCCAGUACGGAGGGCAGGAUACAGAGUGGCUCGCAGAGGUCAUUGACGCCUGCUUUCUGGACGACCUCACGAGCUUGCCUGACUACAAAACUGGUUACAUCGGUAGCGGCGGAGUCCGUCUCAGUGGGGGACAACGCCAGCGGUUGGCGUUAGCUAGAUCAAUCGUACUUCGAAAAGAAGUCGUCUUGUUGGAUGAUGUGUUUAGUGCACUGGACCGUACCACGAGACGGCAAAUAUCAACACGGCUUCUGGGUCCUCGCGGGCUUCUGCGGCGACUGGGAACAACAGUGUUAUUCACGGCCCAUGAUGCCUCGAUAACAACUUUGGCCGAUGAAGUAUACGAAAUUUCCGCCGAUGGAGGACUUGCAUCAAUCCCCAUACAGAAAUCGACCAACAGCGAAAAGACAGAAGAUCAUAUCGAUAAACUAGCGCAUAUUAACGAUACAGAUACGGAUGGAAAGAAUAGAAUAUCGUCCGGAGCGGCUGCUACCAAUGGCGCACAAGAGAUUGAAAAUGUGGAAAGUAAAGCAGAGAAGCUUGUGUCAGACAGGCAAGUAUACAUAAGAUACGCACAAGCCAUGGGUUUCAAGAACGCCGGAAUAUUCUUGUUUUUAGUUAUCAGCUUCGCUGUAUGCCUCAAACUUCCAGAUCUUUGGGUACAAUGGUGGGCAUCCGCUCUUCAGCAAGGCGACAGGCGUGGCAAUGACUACUGGAUCGGCAUGUUCGCAGUGCUAGAAGUGUUGCCUCUUUUGGUAUUAUGCGUUUGCGUCUUUCAUCUGAUGUUUUGUAUAGUACCCACAUCAGCUUCAUCACUGCAUGCUAGUCUUCUUCGGACAGUCCUCGUUGCGCCGUUUGCAUUUAUCAGUCGCAUCGACACGGGAAGUUUGAUGAAUCGCUUCAACCAGGACUUGAUGUUCGUAGACACAAUGUUGCCUUUGGAUCUAUUCAACACCUGCGCCGAACUAUUUACGUCCACGUUCCAGUUGGUGCUAGUUGCCAUAGUCUCCAAGCACGCACUUGCCGUGCUCCCUGUCAUAUCCGCCGUGCUUUAUUCAAUUCAACGGGUCUAUCUUCGAUCAUCCAAGCAGCUCCGUCUGCUGGAUCUAGACUCCAAAGCAGAUCUACACACCAAAUUUGGCGAGACAGCUUCUGGACUUUCCGUCAUCCGCGCCAACGGCUGGACCAGUUCGAUGCGAGAAAAGUUUAUGGAAAAGUUGGACAGAUCCCAGGAGCCAUUCCAUCUGCUCUAUAUGGUACAAAGAUGGCUUCAACUCGUUCUGAACCUGGUGGUAGGGGCGCUCGCCAUAACGGUCGCUGGUGUGGCCAUUGGGUUGAGAGACAAAAUUGCUGCUGGAGCCGUGGGUGUGGCCUUUUUGAACACUACAACCCUUGGCGAGACCCUCACAAACUUCAUCAUCUCCUGGACGUCACUAGAGACCUCACUUGGAGCCAUUUCGCGUCUUGGCAUGUUUGAGCGAGAUACGCCGAGCGAGAAUCACAACCAGUCCGAUGUGGAUGUGCCCGAUGAGUGGCCCGGUUUAGGAGAGGUCAAGUUUGAGAAUGUGUGGGCCACUUACGAUAACGGCGACAAUGCUUCCAGUUGGAGACUAAGCGGUGUGACUCUUACUGUGCAGCCAGGCGAGCGAAUUGCUGUGUGCGGGCGUACAGGCUCAGGGAAAUCAACGCUAUUUCUAGCCCUGUUGGGAAUGCUGCAUGUGCCUGUCGGCAGUAUUUCUGUAGACGGUAUCGAUAUAACUGACCAGAAUAUGGCCCUUCUGCGUCGUCGCUUUCAAGUUGUUUCCCAGGACAGCUUCUUCGAACCGACGUCGACUUUCCGGCAGGAGCUCGACCCCAGCGGAGGAAUUACCGACGGAGAGAUGGAGAGCACACUCCGGGGACUUUGUGUGUGGGACGUCAUCGCGACUGCCGGUGGCCUUAACAGCAAGAGGGCAAACGCAAAGAUUUCAGCUGGCGAGGCCCAGCUCCUAUCUAUCGCCAGACUUCUGCUCCAAAACCAUACGGGAACCGGUAAUAUUAUCCUACUGGAUGAAGCAACAAGCAACCUCGAUCAGGAGACUGAAGCGCACGCCGAAACAGUCAUGGCUGCGAGACUGCAACAUGCAACCGUCAUUUCAAUCAUGCACCGAUUGGAAGCGGUCGUGGCAUAUGACAAGAUUGCUGUUCUUGAUAAAGGUGUUUUGGUAGACUUUGGGGCCGUCGUUGAUGUCAUGGAGAGAUGCGAACUUUUCAAUUAG